UUUUAUCUGUCCCAUAUUCUUAGAUUUUCCCUCUAUAUAAAACCCAAACAUGCAUCUUCAUCUUUAUGUAGCCAAGUGACAAUGGAUGUCCCCUCUAACCUUGAAGUUCCCUCUUUUGAAUCAAAACUUCCAUUUCAAGCUAUUAUCCUAGUGACCAUUUUUAUAGCCCUUCUUGGGGCAUACUUGAAGCUCAAUUUCUCUCUUCAUCGAGGCAAAAACCUUCCCCCGGGUUCCUAUGGGUUUCCAAUUGUCGGACAAACCCUAACUUUCCUCAAGGCCCAGAAGCAAAACGAGCCAGAUAAAUGGAUUGCAGACCGCGUCGCCAAGUAUGGACCGGUGUUUAAGACCUCGCUAGUCGGUUCAAAGGCGGUUGUUGUCACCGGGCAAGCUGGUAACAGGUUAGUGUUCAGUGGGGGUGACAAUGGCAUUGUCAGCAACUUACCAAAGUCUUCAGGAAGCAUAUUUGGGAAGCACAGCAUCUUUGAGGUCUCAGGAUCCAAACACAAGCUUAUUAGGGGGGCAAUGAUGAACUUUCUCAGACCUGAGAGCCUUCAAAGAUUUGUUGGUGAAAUGGAUUUACUGGUCAAGCAACAACUAUUCCAAGAACUGAAUGGAAAGGAUUCAACACAUGGGGUGAAACUAAUGAAGAGAAUCACUUUCAAGGUUACUUGCAGCCUACUGUUUGGAUUGCCAGAAGGGAAGGAGAAGGAUGCGCUUUUCGCGGAUUUUAUAGUUGCCAUUAAAGGAGCAUGGUCAAUUCCCUUGGAUCUUCCAGGAACUGUGUUUGGAAAAGCGAUGCAAGCGAGGCGUCGGGUAACUAAAUUGUUGUCCAAUUUGAUUAGCAAAAGUAGAAGAAAAAUGGAAGAGGGAAAGGUCAGCUCUCAAGAGGAUAUGAUCUCAACCUUCAUUGCUCUGAGAGAUGAAAAUGGAGAACUUAUUCCUGAUGUGCAAAUCAUUGAUAAUUGUGUGACUCUCAUGAUAGCAAGCCAUAACACCACUAGCAUUGUUCUGUGCAUGUUGCUGAGGCUGCUUGCUAGAGAUGCUGAGGUCAGAAGCAAAGUGUUGGAAGAGCAAAAGAAAGCUCUGAAGGCAAGAGAAGAAAAUGGUGGAAAGCUUGGAUGGAGUGAGAUACAAAUGAUGAAGUAUACAUGGAGAGUGGUCCAAGAGAUCAUGAGGAUGACUCCUCCAGUUUUUGGCAACUUCAAACGUACCUCUAGAGACAUCUCCUUUGCUGGUUUUCACAUCCCCAAGGGUUGGCAGGUAUUUUGGGCGACUUCUCCUACACACAUGGAUGAGAACAUUUUCUCAGAGCCAGAAAAGUUCGAUCCAUCAAGAUUUGAGAACCCUAGUGGCUCAAUCCCUCCAUAUACUUACAUUCCUUUUGGAGCAGGCUAUCGGAUUUGCCCCGGGGCAGAAUUUGCCCGAAUUGAAGUUCUCUUGAUAAUCCAUCACUUGAUCACAAAUUAUGAAUGGUCAGAAAUGAUCCCCAAUGAGCCCAUUGUACGUGAGCCCACGCCGUACCCAGCUAUGGGGCUUCCUCUCAAGCUUCAUCCCAACAAGAUUCAUGUGUAGAAAGCUAUCUUUAGAUUUUUCAAGAUAUCUACGUAUUUAGAAUUUUUAUCAAGAAAAGUAUUGAGAAUUUGAAAUGUAUAUGAAUUAGAUUUUUCUUAAGUGUGAUCUGCAUGACACCAUGUUUAACUCUAAAUUAUUAAAAUUCUAAGUACUUAUUCUAAGUAAAAAUUAUGAGUACAUAGCAUUUC